UGUGCCCUCAGCUUUACUGCCGCGUAUAUUCCCGGCUGUGACCUAAGCACUAAGCCUGAUCCAUCUCCGUGUGACAUUGUUUAUUCGACAGUUUAUCAGCACCCUGCUCGUAAAUUUUGUCUGGAGCAUUGUCACUCAUAGUUCGCACAUCGCGGUGGUCGCACGCGCCUAAACCAAUACACCUAGAGUAAUUUCAGUGCGGGGUAAUAAUCCGAUAAUAAGAAUCGUAUUAUUAUUAGCUGCGUGUGAGUUUCGUAGCAAGCGUAGCAGUUGUCUACGAGCCGUCGCGUGCGUUCGUUCAGUGUCGAAAAACGAUCAGUCGUUUUUUUUUUUCUGUUGUGCCGAUCCGAUCUUUCUGCUGAAGAAAAAUGGCAAGCAAGACCGUGAACAAUGUAGAAUCCGGUGAGGCCGCGGCUGAGGCCAAGGGUGAGACGUCAGCAGCAGUUGGACGAGGCCCCAAGCCAGUGCCGGGAACCUCUUCAAUCAUCGGUCUGUCAGAUGUGACAGACAACAAGUUGAUCUGGAGGCAGCUGGUGGCGGAGCUGGUGGGUACCUUCGUGCUGGUGUCCAUCGGUGUGGCGUCCUGCAUCACCAUCUCAAGCACCAACGCCCCACAAGUCACCAGUAUCGCACUUUGCUUCGGUCUACUCGUCGGGUCUAUUGUACAGGCUAUCGGCCAUGUGUCGGGAGGUCACAUAAACCCCGCGGUGACGCUGGGACUGUUCGCGUCUGGUGAGAUCAAGGUCCUGAAGGCCAUCUGCUACAUCAUCGUCCAAACCCUCGGUGCUAUCGCUGGAGCCGCCUUCAUCAGGUUGGCGAUACCAGAGUCGCAGGUCGGUGGGUUCGGUAUGACAACUCUUGCAACCAACGUGAACGAGGGACAGGGUGUCCUCAUCGAAGCACUGAUCACAUUCCUGUUGGUGCUGGUCGUGCACGGAGUGUGUGACGCGCGCCGCAACGACAUCAAGGGAUCCGCGCCUCUCGCUAUUGGUCUCAGCAUCACCGCCUGCCAUGCUGCUUGCAUUCCAUUCACGGGCUCCAGCAUGAACCCCGCUCGUUCCUUCGGCCCCGCCCUCAUCAUGGGAGCCUGGACCUCACACUGGGUAUACUGGGUGGGCCCCAUCGCCGGAGGUGUGGUAGCUGGUAUUGUGUACAAGUUCAUCUUCCGCAUCGGCAAGGCAGGCGACAGCGGCUCCUACGACUUCUAGACGACUGCUUCACACCCGUCUGCGAACCACGCCGGCGACACAUCGUGCCUUAAUGUAACCCCCCUUGCGUGUACACUACCCAAGCAUUCUAAACUAAUUUGCCAAAAAUGAGUCUAAAUUAUCAUCAAUUUAUUAUAGAAAUUGUAAUAUAUCAUAGUACAAUAUGUUAACAGAAAUGCAUGUAAAAUUCACUAAAAAUUGUCUCCUAAAAUUGAAUUAGAUAUUGGUGAUAAUAUUCGGUGGUAGUACGCGCAAGGCUAGUAUUAGCUUAUUGAUAUACCCUGUUCAAAUGUUGGACCAAAUUGUUUAAGGACUUUGUCAAUGGGCUUAUACUUGUUUACUAUAUUAGUCUGUCACUAUGCUCGACGAGAAAUCCAAAGGUUUUAUUACAAAAAUAUUAUUAUUUUAUUGUUUUACGAAAAAUAUGAAAAAAAAAACUACUACGAUUCGAAACCGUUAUGUCGGAGUAAGAUAUUGUAAUUUAAGUUAUAGAUAUACAAAUAAAAGUUUAUAUGAAUUAAGUUUAUUUAUAUUAUGUGAAUAAAGUAUGUUUAAGUGGACGUCUACUAUAACGCGUCCAUACUCGAGUGCCUGUGCAAGUUAUGUGAUUAAUUAUAAAUAUAAAUAUUGUGAGGUAAAUGUAACACUAGUGGGUAUUCACAUCGAAAUUUCUCACACGAAAUGAUUUUUUUUUUAAAUAAAUGUCAUCAUUAUAA